CCAGCUCACAAGCCUUUUCUCUCAAGGCGUCCAAGUUCAUGCCAUGUCAGUUCUUCAUCUGCUCCGUCAUAGCUGUUCUGGUAGCAGCGCACGAUUUGAGGACUGAGGUGGGACUGACGGCCAGUCAAUCUACUCGGCAUGGGAAUGGGUGCAGAGAUAUGAACAAACUGCUCUGAGACGGACUUGAUAGACGUGUCGUUUGAAGCAGUAGACUGGCCAGAGACAUGAACAGAUUUUAUUCAAUGGAGGCAGCGGAGCCAGAGAACGGGACCAAAGUUAGAGAGUCCUUUAAGUUUGUGUCAGAGGUGAAGAGGGAUAUAUGGAAGGACGGCCGAGACGAGCGAUCACAGCCCUCCUGUUGUCUCAGUGUCAGCAAAAUCUCCUACACAGUCAGUGAGCGUGUGGGUCCAUGGUGGGACUUACCCUCUUACAGGAAGCGAUGGACUCGUCAGAUCCUCAAUGAUGUCUCCUUCCACGUAGACAGUGGGCAGAUCAUGGGCAUACUUGGCAAUUCAGGCUCAGGAAAGACAACGUUACUGGAUGCCAUCUCAGGGAGGAUUGGAAACCGUGGGACACUGUUGGGGGAGGUCUUCAUCAAUGGCAGGAAACUUAAGAGAGAAGAGUAUCAGGACUGCUUCUCCUAUGUGCUGCAGAGUGAUAACUUGUUGAGUUAUCUGACAGUGGAGGAGACUCUGACGUACACAGCCCAGCUGGCCCUGCGGAAACAUUCGGCUAAAGCCAUCCAGAAAAAGGUGUCGGCGGUGAUGGCCGAGUUGAGCCUUAGUCAUGUGGCCCACAGUGUUAUUGGAGGUCGUGUUUUCCCAGGGAUCUCUGGGGGUGAGAGGAGAAGGGUCUCCAUCGCCAGCCAGCUUCUUCAGGACCCGAGGGUGAUCUUAUUGGAUGAGCCGACCACAGGCCUGGACAGUAUGACCGCCAAUCAGAUUGUCGUGCUGCUGGCAGAGCUGGCCCGGAGGAACCGUAUCGUCAUAGUAACCAUCCACCAACCACGAUCCGAGCUCUUCAGGGUGUUCAGCAGGAUAGCUAUAAUGAGCCGUGGAGAGCUGGUGUUCUGUGGACAGCCAGAAGAGAUGGUGGGCUUCUUCAGUCAAUGUGGAUAUGAGUGUCCAGAGUACUGCAACCCCUUUGACAUCUAUGUUGACUUCACCUCAGUGGACACACGCAACAGCGAGAGGGAGGCAGCCACAUUCAGUCGCAUGCAUGAGAUCACUUCAUCCUACCAGAGGUCUGACAUCUACCGGAGCAUGCUCGGAAAUAUAGAGCAGAGUCUGCAGCGGGAAGAGAAGCCAGCCAUCCCCUUCAAGAGCAAAGAGUCACCCAACGGUGCAGCCAAACUUGAGGUUCUGCUCAGGCGGACUGCAAGAAACCUGUCCAGAGAUAGGAUGGGUGUUCUGAUGCGUCUGUCCCAGAACCUGAUCUACGGUCUCUUUGUGGCCUUCUUCGUCAUGCGUUUAGACAUUGAUGUCUCCAAGGGUGCUGUGCAGGACCGCAUUGGCAUCAUCUAUCAGUGCAUUGGUGCUUCGCCCUACACCGGCAUGCUGAACGCUGUAGCUCUCUUCCCGGCGCUGCGAGCCAUCAGUGAUCAGGAGAGUCAGGAUGGUCUGUACAGUAAAUGGCAAAUUUUCUUGGCCUACAUCUUCCACAUCCUGCCCUUCAGCAUCCUCGGCGUCUUCAUCUUCACCUCCUUCCUUUACUGGACGGUGGGGAUGCACCCUGACAGCCUGCGCUUCCUGUGUUUCACUGCUGUAGUCCUGGUACCACAUAUUAUAGGUGAGUUACUGACUGUGGUGCUAUUGGGAGUCGUCCAAGACCCUAACAUGGUCAACACUGGUGUGGCUCUGCUCAAUAUUGCUGGGAUCUUGGUUGGAUCUGGCUUCCUAAGAAGCACCCAGCACAUGCCAUUGGUCUUCCAGUGGCUCAGCUACCUGACGUUCCAGAAGUACAGCUGUGAGCUGCUCAUAGUCACCGAGUUCCACGGACUCGACUUCACAUGCAAUGUUUCCAAAUCUUUGCCGGGAGCCUGUGUGAUCACUCACGGCAGUCAGAUCAUUGAUGAAGGCUAUCCUGGCGCUCUGUCCCGAUACACACUAGACUUUGUUCUCCUCUACUCCUUCCUCCCUGCGCUCCUGCUGCUGGGGAUGAUCAGCUUCAAGAUCAGAGACAAGCUUAUACGUCAUUAAAACCACCGACACACAUUUGUGGGAGAAUCUUCUCUUUAGAAACAGGAAGCUGAAGUGAGUUUGGUUCAGAUGACACAAAACAGAUUCAGAACAUAGAUUUACAGAAUGACGUUAUUCACAGAGGAUGAGGUAUGCUAAAGUACUGCUGCUCCUGCUAGUACAUCUGUGUUUGUACUUUCCUCUAAUAUUACAUUUCUGUGUAAGCACUUAGCAUGAGGUUUUAAAGCAUGAAGUGUUGCAUAGCUCAGACCAAUUGUAACAGUACAAAGAGCUUCUGUUUCUCAAAACAAGAUCCCAGUGCAGGGUGCAAGGUGUGCAGUACAACUGGGUUAAUGUGUGUUGACUGGGACUUGAACCAUCUGAUAUGACAGCAAAACCACCGAGUGGUUCCAGUGCUAAAAAGCACCACAAAUCAACCAAGCAACUAACAGAUUCAACCUACGGCUCUGUGGUUCUGUAUAAUUUAAACAGACAGUUUCUGAAUGGAACAAAUAAUAUUUGCACUGUUGUCAAAUUAAUGCUUUUUGUGUAAAGUUUAUGCAAAAACUGACUGACAAACUUCUGUCUAUCAUGAAGUACCAGAGGAAUAUUCACAUUCUAAGCAUUUAAAUGCUGCUCAUGUAUUGCAUGUAUUCCUUUAUUGUUUAAAAACUGUGAUCGCAAUGUGUUAUUAAUAGACAGUGAUGCCUCCUGUAAUAAUGUAAAAUUGUUUAUUUUUCUAGAACACAUUUUAGCAUCAGUACACUGUACAAGUAGUUUUGUAGUGUUUAAAAAUAGCUUGAAGAAAACAUCACUACAGAUGUACAAGUUGUAUGAUUUAUUGAAUAAGUAGAAAAAAAAACAAAAUGCAAUGACACACCAGUAAAUAAAUAAUGCAAUGUGUA